UGAUGUUCGGUUGGGUUCGUAUCUGAAUGUGACAGGAUACCUUCUCGGACUUCUGGCGUCAGCUGGAAAUGACCGUGAGCCUAGUAGAAUUGUUCGGACGGUCACUAUAUAUGUGGCGCCGCUCCAACACGAAGUAGGACGAUAUGAUUGUGAUGAUGUAUAUAUUCUCAAUAACGCGAGGGUCGACUAGCACCCGUGUUUAUCGUCUCCGCGGCAGUUUAUUGGUGGUUCCAAUGAUUCUAGCGCCAGCACAAAGUUUUGAGGGUGGAUCUAAAUAUGUCUCUUCUUGCCUCGAGGCCUGGCUCCUGACAUUACAGCUGCCCGUAGAUCGCAAGAACGAGGGAUCCCGACCAUUUUCUAUUUGUAGACCCAGUGAGGCGGCUUCCCUGAAGAUCAGCGACACCUUCCUGCUCCUCCGACUCCUUAGCAGCGAUGACAGUCGGGGGUUGCUUCCCUUCGGAAUGUUUGCGCAGCACGGUUCUAGAAUGAGGGAUCAUUUUGAUAAAAUGAAGUUUGUCAUGCAUACCAAUUCAAUCGUUGAUUUCAUUUUCAGCUUCGCGUAUCUCAUAUCGCCACCGAGAGAAACUUGUGGAGGAGAGCAGCCAAGCGCGUCUGUCUUGCCUGCUGGUCACGUCGCGCUUCUGAACACCACGUGCCAUCAUAGUCAGAAAAUUUCAGUGGGGUCUCAAUUGAAACCUUUCAAUUUGGCCUUUGUGUACUUUCUUUCGAACUCUCAUCCAAUUCCUGUUUUGCUCACGGUACGAUGCAUUUCUUAGCUUCUACAUUUCAUCAUGCCCGUCUAUGCCUACGACUGACAUUACCCUGUAGAUGGAUCUACAAAUGUUAUCCAACCUAUUCGCCACGACCUUCAAUCCAGACCCUAAUGUA